AUGACAACGGAAUUAAUAGAACCAGAAGAACUACAAUUCACAAAAGUAAUAGCAGUGCUAUUGAAUUCACGAAAUUAUCAAUUCCUGGAAACUUUUUUGAAACAGAUAACUGAAUUAGCAACACGGUAUUUAAAUACAAUCAUUUUCAAUUUAUUAGAAUAUACGCAAUUACAAAGACGUAAACAACCAUCAAUAUCAGAUAUAAACAUUUUACUAAAGCUACAUGAAAUACUGUCUGAAGAUCUUUUUGAGGAAGUACUCAAAAGUAAAAAAUUUCAAAAUCAUCAACAAAUCAAACAAAUUCUAAAUUCAAAACAAAAACCUUUUGACUAUACAGAAUCAUCACUACCUUUUUUUCAAAAUGAACAUUAUGCAAUAACAAAUGUAGUACCCAACUUGAAAGUAAAACCAAACUACAUACCUCAUUAUUUACCAGAUUUACCACCAGAUUAUACAUAUCAAUCAACAGAUAUUUAUUCAGAACCAUUAACUGAUUUAAAAGAAUUAAGAAUUAAAUUGGUAGAAGAAUCAAGAUUAACUGAAAAGGCAUUAUACAAAUUAAUUGAAAAUGAUGAAGUUGAAAGUAAUAAAAAACUAAAAUUUGAAAAUGAAUUAAAAGAGUUAUUACAAAAGCAAAAAUCAAUAAAAGAAGUCCUUGAAGAAGAUCCACAACCAAAAGAACCUAAAAUAACUAAGUCAGAUGAUAGAAUAAUUGAAAUACCCAAUGACAAGGCCGUCUACAAAUUUGAUUUCAUAGAGUACGCCAAGAAACGAAAACUAAUGACUCAAAAGAAGCAAAAACAAGCAGAACUUAAAAGACAAAAAAGAGAUCAAAACAUUUUCAUUAAAGCAGAAACUUACUACUCACCAUACGCUACGAAAUCACCUACAUUAGAAACAAACGAAUUUUUCACAAAUAUUUUAAAUAAAGAAUUCAAAAAUGUUAUAGUAUCCAUACGAUCAAAUGAAUUUAAAAAGAAAGAACAAAAACGUAUUCAAAAAGAACUCAAAGUUCAAAAAGAAAAAGAAUUUAGACAACAAAAUGAAAUUCAAUUCAAUUUCCAAAAUUCAAAUUCUAAUGGGUUUAAUAAUAAUAGUGAUAUUGAUAGUGAUGAUAUGGAUGAUUUUUAG